CCGGCGGUCGGUUGCUAAGACUUGUGAGGCGCAGCGCUUGCGUGCGGCUCUUCAGUCGGAACCCCGCGGAGGAUGGACCUCGCCCCGAGCCUCGCGGAGCAGCGUGGAGACGAGGAGGCCGUGAGCCCUCAGUCGGCGCCCGCGCCGUGGCAAGUCCUCCCGGUGCUGUCCGAGCAGCAGUCCCAGGGCGUGGAGCUCGUGCUGGCCUACGCCGCGCCCGUCCUCGACAAGCGCCAGACCUCCCGCCUCCUCAAGGAGGUGUCGGCCCUGCACCCGCUGCCCGCCCAGCCUCACCUCAAGAGGGUGCGGCCCAGCCGCGACGCCAGCCGCCCGCACGCGCUGGAGAUGCUGCUGUGCCUGGCCGGGCCGGCCCCGGGGUCCAGGUCGCUCGCCGAGCUCCUCCCGCACCCGGCCGUGGACCCUCGCGGCCUGGGACAGCCCUUCCUGGUGCCCGUGCCGGCCCGGCCGCCCCUGACCAGAGGCCAGUUCGAGGAGGCGCGUGCCCACUGGCCCACGUCCUUCCACGAGGAUCGGCAGGUGACCCGUGCCCUGGCCGGGCGGCUCUUCUCAACGCAGGAGCGUGCGGCGAUGCAGGACCACAUGGAGCGCGCUGUGUGGGCCGCGCAGCAGGCAGCCGCCAGGGGCCUGAGGCCGGUGGGCGCGGUGGUGGUGGACCCCGCCUCGGGCCGCGUGCUGGCCACGGGCCAUGACUGCAGCAGCGCGGCCAGCCCCCUGCUGCACGCCGCCAUGGUCUGCAUCGAUCUGGUGGCCCAGGGCCAGGGCCGCGGUGCCUACGACCUCCGCCCCUACCCUGCCUGCUCCUUCGCCCCGGCCGCCGCCCCCCCAGGUGUCCGCGCGGGCUCCGUGCGCAAGCUGGAGGAGGACGGGGACGCGCACGGGGACGGCCUGCCCUACGUGUGCACCGGCUACGACCUCUACGUCACCCGCGAGCCCUGUGCCAUGUGCGCCAUGGCCUUGGUCCACUCCCGCAUGCAGCGCGUCUUCUACGGGGCGCCCUCGCCCGACGGCGCCCUGGGCACCCGCUUCCGCAUCCACGCCCGGCCGGACCUCAACCACCGCUUCCAGGUGUUCCGGGGGGUUCUGGAGGCCCAGUGCCGCCGGCUGCACCCCGGCACGUAGGCGGCCGUGCCCGCCCGCCCCCGGACUGGGCUCUGCUACAGGCGUCUCUCAGCCUCCCGCCGGGCGUGUCUCGUCGUCCCAGGGGCCGUGAUCCUGCCGCUCAGCUUUAGGGACGUUCGCGUCUCCCGCCCAGGAGCCAGACCCCGCGCCGUCCCCACCAGGCUGUGGGGCGCGUCCGUGCCCAACAGCUCUUCCCUGGGCUUGGGCUCCGUGGGGGUCCAGCCUGGGCCCGGGAGCUGCGCACUCGGCCUGCCUUCCUCCAGCUGCCCUUUGCCCCAGGCGUCCACUGGGACGGUGUCCCCUGUGUCUCAGGUGUCACAAAGCGGCUCUACGUGUGAAAAUAAACACCCCCAAACCA